GCGCUGCAAAGGCCGCAUGCUGCGUACGACGCAAAACGUGGCUCCUGAGGAUCACUAAUACUACUGAGGAGCCUAAUAGUUGCAUUUGUUCCACGCAUUUGCACGCGUGCGGCGCCAGAGGCCAAGAUGGGCUGGCCAGCAGCACUGUACCGCAGCUGUGCGUUCGCUGCCGCAGCAGUUCUCCACCUCCACGCCGUCGCCGCAUCCGCACCAGCAAGAGUAACACCGCCGCUGCUGCCGCGCCGCAUCGUGGACAACCUCGCGUACGCGCCGCUCCGCGUCGAGUGCCGCGUGCGGCGCGGCCCGCUGCGCAACGCGGUCCUUCGUGGCGUGCUGGUCCUGCAGGAGGACGGCGGGUGCGAGGUCGUGCUCGAGGACGGUGCGUCGGUCAACGGCACGUGGACGAUGUUGCCGGCCGGGCACGAGAUUUUGGAUAGGCUCUGGGACGAGGUCCGCUUCGACGCGGUCCUGGCGGACGGCGUCCCCUACGUGGCCCACGCGCGGCUCUACGCGCGCUGGUCCCAUUCCCAUGCGCUUACUUCCCACGGCGCGGUCCUGCGCGGGACCCACGGAUGGCUGCGGCCCGUCGUCGCGUCGUUUACGUUGUCGCACGUAACUUGA